GCUUAUAUUCAAUCGCUAUCGAUCGAUAAUGAUAAAGCUCAGGCUCAGGCUAUGUUUAUGUUUGUUCUCUUGUUGACAUUUUUAGUUCUGUCACACAUUCGUAUUGCCGGCGAUGCGCUCGAUUGGGACUUCCCAAGGUCGUCCGCAUCGACCAUAAUUACUAAAAACAUUCAGGGAUAUGCUUCAUAUGUAGAACCUAUAGUUUACGAGAGUUUUGUACUAUCACCACGACGUCAUCUUUUAGAAUAUCCGCGUUGGAUCAAGCAAGCGUAUCGCAGCAACGAUUACAAUGUCGUUCGAAAACGUCAUCAAUCUCGAAAUAAGCUGGAUGAGAACAGAUUUUAUCGUUCGGCUGUAAAGGACAACGAGGAUGAUGAAGACGAGGAGGAAGAAGAGGAAGAGGAGGACGAGGACGAGGGCGACGAGGAGGGCAAGAUUGACGACGAAAAUAUGAACGAAGAGCAAGAUGAAAACGAAGAAGAAAUGGUCGCAGCCGCCGUCAGAAGUGGAUCCAGGAAUCGCAUGGUGAGAUCCGGUUAUGUGCCGUUUGGAGGUAAGGUCGAUGAACGCGAGAGACAGGAAGUCGUAAGGAUUAGAUCAGCCACCGAGGAAUGUGAGGACGACUUGACGGAAUCGCCACAAUAUUAUGAUUACGAGACCGAAGUGAUAAAUGUCGCUCCCCAAAGCGGCGAUCAAUGUCGGAUAGUGUUCCUCGCAAAGAUGCUCGGUGCAAGUUUUCUGAUUUUAUUGCUUACCUGAGAAUUUCCGGAUAUGAAGAAAAAGCGCGAAAAAUGCGCGCGAUACAUUUCUUUACUUAUCUAAAGUCGAAGAAUAGAAAAUAUGAAGACGUCAAGAGCCUCGAUAUGAUUGAUAAGUCCGAUGAUCUUGAAAUUCGGCUCGAAUGGAUCCGGGUGAAUGGCACGAAUACGUAACGGGCCUCGAUUUAGUUUCUUUCCUCAAGUUAGGUCACCGACAUUGAAUACGAACGUCAAUCUCAUGGCCACACGAUCAAGUUUUCUUGUGCUUUUUUUUAUAGUUAUCGUAGUUAUAUUAAUCGAUCGGAUGUAUCAUCUUUCUCUAGAACGCUCGCGAUGUGCUGUCAUAAUAUCGUGUAUGUGAACUCGAUUAUUUUAAAAGUAUUCUAAUUAUUCUAAUUAUGAAAUUAGAA